UGAAGGUAGAAACGGCUCAGAUCACCUGUUAGCAGACUCCUACAUCGGACAGGAGGACUCCCCUGAGAUGCAGCAGGCGGCACAGAACAAGCGCAGGCUCUCUGUCAUCUCAGACGGCAAGUUUGAGAGGAGCUUCUCCGAGGAGCAGGCAGAGAAGAUGCCAAGCGAGGGACCGAAGCCACGAGUCUAUACGAUCUCUGGCGAGAGGCCGAUGCUGUCGGACCACGAGAAUGAAAGUAUGGAACUGGUGGUGAUGAAGGGGGCUGCCCAAGAGGAAUGCCACCACGGCCACCAAGUGCACAGCGCUGGCGGCUCUCACGGCAUUAGCAGGCAUUGCAAGGGCUGGCCAGGCAGCCGGCAGGGCUCCAAGGAGUGCCCAAACUGCACACGGCUGGCUGCCCCUUCCCAGCAUUCCUUUGACCUGGAGCAGCAUCAAUCCAGUGAGACUGGGUGGCACAGAAAAAGGCUGGAGAGGAUGUAUAGUGUCGAUCGAGUGUCUGAUGACGUCCCCAUACGAACCUGGUUCCCAAAAGAGAACCUCUUCAGUUUUCAAACUGCUACUACAACUAUGCAAGCGAAUUUUCGGAAGCACCUCCGCAUGGUGGGGAGCCGAAGGGUUAAAGCACAAACAUUUGCCGAACGGCGUGAGAGGAGCUUCAGCAGGUCCUGGAGUGACCCGACUCCCAUCAAAGCUGAUUCCUUCCAUGACUCUCGAGAAAGCCAUGACCUUCAGGAUUCCUGCGGCACUUUGGAUGGUGACUUUGACUUGAACUGGGAAGCAGAAAAGGAACUUGAAGCCAUGGCAUGUGAUGGAGAAGACUUUAUUCCACCAAAAAUAAUGCUCAUUUCUUCCAAGGUGCCCAAAGCAGAGUAUGUCCCGACAAUUAUCCGCAGGGACGAUCCCUCUAUCAUCCCCAUUCUCUACGACCAUGAACAUGCCACCUUUGAUGACAUCCUAGAGGAAAUAGAGAAGAAGCUUAACAUUUAUCGGAAAGGCUGCAAAAUCUGGAAGAUGCUGAUAUUUUGCCAGGGAGGUCCUGGUCACUUAUACUUGUUAAAGAACAAAGUUGCCACUUUUGCAAAAGUGGAGAAGGAGGAAGAUAUGAUCCUCUUCUGGAAGAGGUUGAGCCGGCUGAUGAGUAAAGUCAAUCCUGAACCAAAUAUCAUUCACAUCAUGGGCUGCUAUGUUCUUGGAAACCCCAAUGGGGAGAAGCUAUUUCAGAAUCUGAAAAACUUAAUGAAUCCUUAUAGGGUUGCCUUUGAGUCUCCACUUGAACUAUCAGCUCAAGGUAAGCAAAUGAUUGAGACUUACUUUGACUUCCGCCUUUACCGCCUCUGGAAGACCCGCCAGCACUCUAAACUAUUGGAUUACGAUGACAUUUUAUGAGCUGGAGAAGAGUUUGCAAGAGGAAGUUGAUCACCGGUGUCCAAGAAGUCAUGCUUAUUGCAGAGAGACUUUUUUAUUGGCACAGGGAGCCCUUCAAAGCCCUAUAGGAGGCAGCAGUGCUAAAGGGAGGGAAGAAGGAGCCCUCGGAAGUGUGUCGGGAGCAAAGUCUCCUGGGUCAAGAGAGACUGGAGGGAAAGGGUUUGACACCUCACUCGCCUCAGGUCAGAGCCGUGGUGUCUCAGGAGGAGCUGUGUGAAACGAGGACAGGAUGGAGUUCCUUGCAGAACUGAGCUGUUUUGGGUCAGAAUGGGCCAGAUUUGAUUCCAGGUCCUUUUAAAGACUUUUGAAGCUCAGGUUUUCUUACAAAAAAUAAAAUCAAUUACCCAUGCACUACAAUGAAGAAGUGACCAGAGCACAGAGGAAGGAGGGGUUUGUACUGACGGGACCUUCUGUGCUGGGGAUCUUGGAGAGCAAGGACGGCUACACCUACUCCUGCAAGCUUAGAUCAAGACGAUCCAGUUUCAAUGUGAAUAUAUACUGGAAUAUAGAAUUGAAAUCUAACUUUUUGUUUUGUUUAAUAGAAAAUAAGUGCAAUUUUUAUAGCGAGAGGGGUACAAUCCCUCCCAAUAUUUAAUUAGUUAAAAAUAACACACCAGUAACCAAUAGAUGAGGUAUUUUUGGUCUGCUUGAAAAUAUAUUCAAAAUGGUAAUAUAUCUUCUGUAGACAUAUUUAAUCACCAGCAAACAUGGUUUUAACAUAACUUAGCAGACCCUGCAUGUCUGCUGCAUUGAUUAAUCUGGUUUGGUUUGUUACUUUCAGAGUAGCUGUGUUGCACUAAUUGUAUGUGCUCUCACGAAUGUAUAUUUCUCCUCCAAUUAGACACAACUUUGUUACUUUCUCUUUUGCUGCUUGCAAAACUAUGGGACUUUAGUUUUGCUGAAAUACUUUAGGUUAGAAAUAUGGUA